AUGGAGGAGGCGAAACCGAAAAAGACCUUGACCGGCAGUAGCAGCAGAGAGUCAUUGAAAACCAAGAAUCCAUUUAGCCGUGUGCUCAACGACGAAAACGAUGGCAAAAGCAAGACAGGAUUGUCAAUGAGGAAGUCUUGGUCCACGGACUCGCUUGGUCUCCUCGGUAGCAGCAACCCUUUGGGGAAGACAUGCAUAUGUGCUCCAACAAAGCAUGAAGGGUCCUUCCGUUGUAGGCUUCACCGUACAUCGGCCACAAGCCAAGGUGGUGCAGGUACUAUGCCACUUAAUCUCCCUAAGCCCUUGCUUCCUUCUAGUCGUUUCAAUGACUACUAG